GGGUUUUUAAAGCAUCGAGCACAAGAGUUGACGCCCGAAGCCCGAAGCGAACGCCUCCUGUACGCGUCUCCGAUCGCGAGAGGAAGAGAACAGAAGAGAGUCGCUAGGGAGGAAGGUUCAGAGAGGAGGAAGAGGGGAUGGCGGAUGGACUGGAUUGGGAGUCGCUGACGGAGGCGACGUCGGGGGCGGUGGGGUCGCUGGUGAGCACCACCGUGUUCUACCCCCUCGACACCUGCAAGACCAAGUAUCAGGCCGAAGUCCGAUCCCACGGCCAGCGCAAGUACAGGAACCUUUCCGAUGUCUUGUGGGAGGCAAUUUCUAAACGCCAAUUCUUCUCGCUCUACCAAGGACUUGGCACCAAGAAUUUACAAUCUUUUAUCUCGCAAUUUGUCUAUUUCUAUAGUUAUAGCUAUUUAAAACGACUAUACUUGCAAAAGAGUGGAGUUAAAUCUGUUGGAACGAAAGCUAAUUUGUUUGUUGCUGCUGCUGCUGGUGUUUGCACCGUUAUCGUAACUCAGCCACUGGACACAGCAUCUUCCAGAAUGCAAACUAGUGCCUUUGGUAAGUCCAAGGGACUAUGGGAAACUCUGUCUGAAGGAUAUUGGAGUGAAGCAUAUGAUGGUCUAGGCAUCUCUCUCCUUCUGACAGCAAAUCCUGCAAUUCAGUACACGGUAUUUGAUCAGUUAAAACAUAAACUUCUGAGGAAUCAAAGCAGUAAAGUUGUGCCGGCAAGCAAAGAAUCAUCUCCAGCAACUCUCUCUGCCUUCUCAGCAUUUCUACUAGGAGCCAUUUCAAAGAGUGUGGCAACCGUCUUGACCUACCCUGCCAUUAGGUGUAAAGUAAUGAUUCAAUCUGCCAAUACAGAAGACAAAUCCAACAUGGAUAACCAAUCUAAACCCCCCAAGACAAUGGUAGGCGCUUUAUCUUCUAUAUGGAAUAAAGAAGGGAUUCCUGGAUUCUUCAAAGGUUUGGAAGCUCAGAUUGUGAAAACUGUUUUAAGCUCUGCCUUGCUGUUGAUGAUAAAGGAGAAGAUCUCAAAGUAUACGUGGAUCUCCAUGCUUGCUCUUCGUAGGUUUCUAUCGGCUUCACCGAAGAGAAUAAAGAACCAUUAGAUACAUAUUUCGGUAUUUUUCAUAAUAACAUGGCUGAUCAACACUGAACUGUUUCAGCAGAUUUAUAUUCUAAAAUAGCAAAAAAAGAGUUGAGAUGUGGCAGCUUAUUGUUUUGGCAAUUCAUUUGAUUUAUUACUGUAUUCAAAUUCCUCAGGAUGUUUGUUGGCUACCAUUAUCCUGACUGUGCACUCAUCUUUUCCAAUAAAUCAAGCUUGGAUGUUGUUUUCCUGACAA